GGGGAGAAAAGUGAGGGCGGCGGUAAACACGGAAGUGAAGAAAGUAAAGGGAAAAAACUUCUACAACUCUCAGCGGGCCGUUUUAAUCAACACAAACUGAGCAGGAGUCGAAAAAACAACAACCUCACCAUGGGCCUGUGUGAAGACCUGUCUCACUGUAAACUGGCCCUGGUGUUUGCGGUGCUGAUGGAUGUGCUGGGAGGAGUUGCUCUGCUGGUGGGAGUCUUUGCCCCUUUGAAGUUUCAUGGAGAAGAAUUCGGGGACCUCCUGGUUUAUAGCGGGGUCCUUCUCAUGGUGGCGUCUCUGGCCGGGUGGGUCCUGUGGUACAGCGGGAACAUCGAGGGCCUGACGCCUGAGAAGGAUAUGGGACAUAUCAGCUCCGCCGUCGACCGGAUUGCUCGUCGACUCAGUCGGAAGAUGUUCUCCCACCGGAAGCACUUAUCUUAUUCACAGUCAAGUCGUGUUUAACUCUAUGUGUUGCUGAAAAAGUUGCCGUAUUCAAACCAGUGUUAUUGAUGCGUAUUAAUCAUUUCAGCAAAUGUCGCUUUCUAACCUGUUACAAAGUAUUUUCUUUUCUAUUACAUUUUAAAACGUGUUUAUUUUUUCUAACUCCUGCUCAGUAAAUGAUGUAUUUUUUACCAAUUUCAAUAAACAAAACACUUUUAAUAAUU